AACGAAGUGGACUCCCCACAGAAGCAGUAGCAUGCAUGCUCUGCAGGCUUGUCCACUGCGUUAGCCUUUACCAUUUCAUGCUAAGGGAUUUCAGACCCUGCCUGUGCUACACGCUGGGGCUGAGUUCAUGGUGCUCAGCAGUGCUUAUCAUUCCUAUGAGCAUGAGAAUUUAUCAUUUAUGUUCAAUACUGGUUGCUUUUUAUCAUCCUUUCAUUUGCCUGAUGCAUCUUUUAGACUGAACUGACGCUCUGACAAUGUUGGUGUCGUUAUGCAGGUAUGGAUUGAUGCAGCUACUCAGAUAUUUUACUCCUUAGGAGCUGGGUUUGGUGUUUUGAUUGCAUUUGCCAGUUACAAUAAGUUUGACAACAACUGUUACAGGGAUGCUUUGCUGACUAGUACCAUUAACUGUGUCACAAGCUUCAUCUCAGGAUUUGCAAUUUUCUCUAUACUGGGCUACAUGGCUCAUGAGCACAAAGUUAAAAUUGAGGAUGUAGCCACUGAAGGAGCUGGUUUAGUUUUCAUCCUCUAUCCAGAGGCAAUUUCAACUCUCUCGGGAUCUACAUUUUGGGCUGUGGUAUUCUUCAUCAUGCUCCUUACUCUUGGAAUUGAUAGUUCUAUGGGUGGAAUGGAGGCUGUCAUCACUGGCCUGGCGGAUGAUUUCCAUAUUCUGAAGCAGCAUAGAAAGCUCUUCACCUUUGGUGUUUCAUUUGGCACUUUCCUUCUUGCGCUUUUUUGCAUCACUAAUGUAAGUACAACAACAGUUUCCAUCACAAGCUACCUCAAAAAUAGGGUUAACCUCACCAUAUGGAAAUAGAGAGGUUCAGGUGAC